AGUAAAUAUGUUUACUUGCAGAUCAUGUAUGAGGAAAUCUUUUACUACUCUCAUAAAUCAUACUCUUCGUCUGGAAAACACAUUUGCAACUUCGCGCCCACGACCCUACUCGUUUGGGAAACAUGCGUCAUCCCGUCGGUCCGCAGGGAUCGAAAGAUUCGAUACAGCCUGGGAUGAAAAAUCAAACACCGAAACAAUAACCCUAGAUGAUCUAGCAGAAGAAGAUUCGGAAUAUACAGAAGACACAGAAAAUACACAAAGACCUAGAAGGUUAACACCAGCAGAAUGGGCUGCCCGGAAACACUUACAAUACUUAAAAGAUCCGCUAGAUAUCGCCAAUCAAGUCAGAAAGUCAUUGGGCAAGGAUAACUUCGAAGAGGCUGUUAUAAUGACGAGAAAAUCUAGUAGAGAUACGAAAGUGACUGUCAGUUGGAAUCACUUGAUCGAUUAUGAGCUCAAAAGGGAUAGAAUCCAUGCAGCUCUCAAGCUAUAUAAUGAGAUGAAAAAACGCGCCCAACUACCGAACGCUCAGACUUAUACAAUCAUCUUCAGAGGCUGCGCUAUGUCAUCUCAUCCAAAGCUAGCCGUCUCAGAGGCACUCAGAAUCUACAAUAUUAUGUUAAAAAGUGAGCGCAUAAAACCGAACACUAUCCAUAUGAACGCUGUUCUCCAGGUCUGUGCCAGGUCUGAAGAUAUGGAGGCGAUGUUUAGCAUUGUGCAGACAGCCAACGAAGGCAUCAGGGCGCCCAACAGCCUGACUUACACAACAAUUAUCAAUGCGUUACGACUAUCGGUCAGUAAGCCUCUACCUAGGACCAGCAUUGUUAGCCAACGACAAGCCGAUGAGAGCGAGAAGGAAAAACGGCAAGCGAUUCAGCGAGCCAGGGCUGUAUGGGAAGAAGUUAUAUCGAAAUGGAGAGCCGGGACCAUGGUUAUCGAUGAAGAAUUGGUUUGUGCGAUGGGAAGGAUCCUGUUGAUAGGUACCUAUCACGACACCAACUCUAUAGGGGCAUUGCUGGAGCAAACAAUGUUGAUCCCACAAGAAGAUGGGGUUCCAAUUUCUGGGCCGCCCAAAGAGGAAGACAACCCCAACGGUACCGAUACCGAUUUAAAACGACCUGCCAUGAUCAGUGGUCGUAGGACUAGGGCUCCCGGAGCUCCUACAACGAGCCAUGCGCUCCCGGGAAACAACUCCCUUGCUUUGAUUCUUUCCGCUCUCGAGAAAACCGGGUCAACAAGCAAGUCGCACCGUUACUGGGAAAUAUUCACUAAGAAGCAUCAUGUCGUUCCUGAUCCUAAUAACUGGCAUUUACUAUUCGUAGCUUUGAGACGCGGGAAGAAUAGCGGCAAGACAGUUUCGUAUUUGCGAGAGAUGCCGCCUAGGAUGACAGUCCCGAAAACUUUCCGGACGGCUAUGAGCACUUGUCUGCGAGACAAUCUAAACCGCAACUCUUUCCGCAAUGCUACCGAUGUGCUAGAGAUCAUGCAAGAAAAAACGGCAAUUCCUGACAUGCAGACUAUGCGCAUAUACCUACGGGUGGCUUACGCCAACAAGCGGUACCACUUAGAUCAGUCAAAGGGUGACCCGAAGGCCGGUAUGAUUGCAUGGGGCCAACAGAUUGCUGAGGCUUUGGAAAAUCUUUGGAGACCAUAUAUAGCAGUUUCGAGGGAGUUUGCAAACAACGGACCGGAGGCGAAUGUGAAACGAGAGCUUGUUGCACUUUCGCGGAAGAUGAUUGCUGCCGCCGACAGGAUAAUAUCUACCGAGAUAGUAACUUCGGAAACCGCGGAACAGCUGAAAUCGAAGCGAAAUAACCUCAACAGGAUCGUUGUCCACCAUUUCGAACAAAUGGCUGAAAUCGACCCCAACUUCAAAAAGGAAGACAUCGACAAUGAAGAGGAUGAAGCAGAUGACGAAGAGGACUUCAACUAUUAUUCACCCGAAUUUCGAGAGAAACGAGAUGUAAAGAGACGUGGACUAGAUGGACGAAAACAACUCCGAGUUCGUGGCUGAUUGAAUGCUCUGUAC